GCUAGCUAGCUCUUGAAAAUGUUCGUAGAAGACCAUGCAAAUUAGGUUCGUUACGCCAUUCUUGCUCUGCUCCUAAACCGCUCCUUAAAUAACAACGUAAAGCGAAUGAUCAUUAAUAUCCCAGAAGUUGGUCGUGAUCUUAUUAUUGUUCAGAAAAGUAGGAGUACUCCUAUACAAUGGUGCAGAAAACUGUCUUGAAGGUCAAUAUCGCAUGCCUGAAAUGCAAGAAGAAUCUCCUCAAAGCAGUGACAUCGCUGCAAGGAGUUGACAAAGUUGAAGCGGAUGCAGCCAAGGGAACUUUGACAGUAACUGGAGAUGCAGACCCGUAUGAAAUUAUAGUACGUACGAGGAAAACAGGCAAAUUUGCUGAAGUGGUGAGUAUUGGUGCUCCUCCAAAGCCGGGGGACGGGCAGAAGAGCAACCCCGAUGGAAAGAAGCCAGCUGACGGCCAGAAGGGGCAAGUUCUGAUACCCUAUUAUAUCCCCCAGACUUCAUGUCUUGUGUGUGAGCGAGUGCCUGUCGUCCAUGUGGGUUGCCGGGACGAACCCUAUCCGUCAUGCUCUAUUUUGUGA